GACCGGAAGUGCGUGGGCUGCCGGGCUGGCCCUGCUUAUGGUUUUCAGGAAACAUGGAAGCGGCGGCGACAGUUGGGGUUUAAGCACUUUGUGACGGUCUCCAGGUGCCCUGUGAGAGGAAAGGGGAGGAUGCCACUGGAAUCAUCUUCCUCUUCGAUGCCACUAUCCUUCCCUACUCCCUUACCCUCAGUGCCAGACAGUAUUACUAACUCUUCCCCACCCCCAAUGUCUUACAUCACUUCCCAGGAGAUGAAGUGUAUUCUUCACUGGUUUGCCAGUUGGUCAGGUCCCCAGCGUGAGCGUUUCCUACAGGACCUGGUAGCUAAGGCAGUGCCGGGAAAAUUACAGCCACUGCUGGAAGGUCUGGAGCAGCUUAGUGUGUCUGGAGCAAACCGACCGCCUUGUAUCUUUGAGUGUCAGCUACGUCUUUGGGAUCAGUGGUUUCGAGGUUGGGCUGAGCAGGAGCGCAACGAAUUUGUCAGGCAGCUGGAGGUCAGUGAGCCAGACUUCGUGGCAAAGUUUUACCAAGCAGUGGCUGCUACAGCUGGUAAAGAUUGAUGGACUUUAAAAUCAAAGAAGAUAAUCGUAUCUGAUGGAGCUGCAACUUUACAGUGAGAACUUCAAAUAUGUCACUUAACAGUCUAGGGAUGCUAUCCUGAUCAACUGACUGAACUUGUUGACCAGGACAGGCUUGGUUAUUUCAACUUUAAUAGCCUAUCAACUGGACUCCCAGCAGAAAUGUUUUCCAUCUAAGUAAAUUCAGAUCAGUCAGCCUCCUAACUUGCUCCUUUCUACAUGUCAAACCCUCAAGAAUUCAAUGGCUUCUUUUGUGAGUAUAACCAAAGGGAACCUACAUAUUAUAACUCAAGCCUAUUGCUGGCCCAUGAGGCUAUAAAGUAGAGCCUUCCUGCUCCAGAAACAGGAGAGAAGGACGAUAAAAGGUCACGUUUUUAUAGUUUAACUGGAUUCAGAUGGCUGAUUUCACCACUCUUACCAGAUUCUGGCAUAAUUGUGUGACAUCCCAACUAUUAGCUUUCCUAGUGAUGAUUUUGUAAAAGUAUGUAAAAAUCAGGAGAGGGAGAUAAUUGUUACUCCUUCCAUGCUGAUGUUGGUUUGAAUCCAAAUAGCAAUGGCUUUUUCUAAAGCAUAUUGUGAUAUCCUUGGAGCUGGUAACAAAUACCUGUUCUGUAAGUUUGCUCUCCAAUAUGAAAACAAGUGACACUCUUUAUAGGUUGAAGUGUUUAUUUUUUGUAUCAAAAUAAAGAAUCUUCAGAACCAUAA